GAUGGAAAUACAGCAGAAAUAUUUCCAUCAACAUGGGAAAGCAUAAAAACUAAAUAUAAGAAAAGUAGUCAUAUAUUGUGGUGAGAAUAGAAAAAUGAUGGAAAAGGAUUUAUGUCAGAAAUAUAAAGGAUUGACUUUUCCUUAAAGAGAUGCCAAAAGAAAUAAAAUCAUCAUUUCACUGUGAUAUCUGUGAAAAGUCAUUUUCUCAAAAAGGUCACCUGACUACUCACAAACAUAUUCACACAGGUGAGAAGCCAUAUCAUUGUGAUAUAUGUGGUAAUUCGUUCUCUCAAAUAAAUACCUUGACUAAACAUAGACAUAUUCAUACAGGUGAGAAACCAUAUUGCUGUGAUGUUUGUGGUAAAUCAUUCUCCCAAAUAAAUAACUUAACUAGACACAAGCAUACUCAUACAGGUGAGAAACCAUAUCACUGUGAAUUGUGUGGUAAAUCAUUCUCUCAAAAUGAUCACUUAACUAAGCACAAACGUAUUCAUACAGGGAAGAAACCAUAUCACUGUGGUAUCUGUGGUAAAUCCUUCUCUCGAAAUGAUGAGGUAACUAUUCACAAACGUAUCCAUACAGGUGAGAAGCCAUAUCGUUGUGAUAUCUGUGGUGAUUCAUUCUCUGUUACAAGUCAUUUAACUACUCACAAACGUAUUCAUACAGGAGAGAGACCAUAUCACUGUGAUACCUGUGGUAAGUCAUUCUCUGGAAGUAGAAACUUAAAUACUCACAAACGUAUUCAUACAGGGGAGAAACCAUAUCACUGUGAUAUCUGUGGUAAAUCAUUCUGUCAAAAUGGUGAAUUAACGAAACAUAAAUACAUUCAUACAGGUGAGAAACCAUAUCACUGUGAUAUCUGUGGUAAAUCAUUCUCUCAAAAAAGUCACUUAACAACACAUGUAGCUAUUCAUGCAGAAGAAUAAGUCAAAAUUACUAGAUACACCAA